AUUCAGCGCUAGCUGGGACGGGAGCCGCGGGAAUGGGGAAGGUGGUGUGGGUCGAGGGGAGCUGCGAAUGUGUGCUUAUAGUUGGGAGUGGAUGUGGUGCGAUUAAACUAGAUCGAAAUGCGGUUGUUCACGCUAUUUCCCUGGAAUAGGCGAAGACGUUAAACCCCCCCAAACGCUCCGGGUGUUGGGUAAACAACGGUUUGGAGGAUCGUCGGCCGCCGGAGGUAUGGGGGAUGCGGAAACAGUCGCCGAGAAGCCGGCCGGGGAGACACAGCAGCCGGAGGAGGAGCGGCCGGCCGCGACGGGCGCCGCCGCCACCGCGCCGGCCGCCGCCGACUUCUACGGUGCCCACGCCGAGUACGGCACAGGCGCGUACGACGGCGGCGGCGGCGGCGUGAUGCCCGGCUAUGGCCCGCCUUACCGGCUGGGCGGCGAGUACGCCGCGGCCGCCGCCGGUCCGUACGGCAGCCGGCCCGGCGGCGAGGCGGCCCGGUACCAGAAGCCCGACGACCCGUACAGCUUCGUGGACGACUUCUCGGAGUCGGGCGGCGGCCCGCCGGCGGCAGAGGCGCCCGGCCCCGGCCCAUGGCCCGGGCCCGCCGCUGCUGCCGUUCCAGUUCCCGAAGAAGCGCGGCCGCAAGCCCAAGAAGCUGCUGGAGGCGAUGGCGGCGGCCGGCAUGGAGGUGCCCAAGUACAAGACGCCCGUGCGCUCGACCGACCCCAACCGGCCGCGCAAGAAGCAGGAUCGCUUCAACGGCCUGACUCCCGAGGAGCUCUCCAAGCUGACGCUGCCCGAUCACCUGGCGCCAGGACUGGACAUCGUCUUC